CUUGACAAAAUUGCGUGAUCACUGAUCAGCUUCUGCUCCUGUCCUCGGUUCACUCUUUGGCCGUGGACUACCUACCUCCAUACCAGUCUCCACUGCUCAGGCACUGGCGGUAGCUCUGAAUAUGCAGCGGCUGGUGGUGCUCCUCGUCGGCUUCCUCCUGGUGCUCCACAAGGCGGCCGACGGGUCGCCGUGGUCGUUCUGGCCGCCGGGCGGCGACCCAGGCGGCUGCCUCAGCUGGCGGGUGAUGGUGGAGGCGAACAACGCCAAGAACUGGCGCACGGUGCCGGCGCCGUGCGUCGGCUACGUCUGGGCCUACAUGUCCUGGGGCCAGUACGGCCGGGACGUGGGCACCGCCGCGGACGAGAUCGCCGCCUACGCCGCGAGCCAGGACCCCGCCGGCGAGGACGGCCUCGACGCCUGGGUCCUCGACGUCGACGACACGUGCCUGUCCAACCUGCCCUACUACCAGGCCAGGCAGUUCGGGCCGUACGACCCGGCGGCGUUCAAGGCGUGGGCGAGCAGAGCGGCGUGCCCGGGGAUACCGGCGAUGGUCAGGGUGUUCCGGACGCUAAAAGCGGGAGGCUUCAGGGUGUUUCUGCUCUCCGGGAGAGACGAGGAGGCGCUGGGCGCCUGCACGGCCGCCAACCUCGCCGCCGCCGGGUUCGCUGGCUAUGACCGACUCAUCAUGAGGAGUGCGGGGUACCGGGGCCAGAGCUCGGUGGUGUUCAAAUCAUCGGUGCGGCGAAGGUUGAUGGAGGAGGAGGGGUACCGGAUCCGUGGCAACGUGGGCGACCAGUGGAGCGACUUGCAGGGCGACUGCACCGGAGACCGCCUCUUCAAAGUCCCCAACCCAAUGUACUUCGUCCCUUGAUGUCGAUCGAUCCAUCAUCCAACGUGCAUGCGGUGCUACUCGACAAGAAAAAUGGUUGAUUCAAGUACACAUGUUCCAUUUGAAUAAUUACUUGCACGGCAGAGGCUAAUACUAUAUCUCGGUCUCAAAUUAGAUUUUUUUUCGAAAUGUGGGAAAUAUCGUCCCAGCUUUUGCAUCCAAAGGA